AUGAGAAAACUCGCAGCCUCGCUAGGUCAAACCUUUCUCCUUCUGACCCUCUUAGCUCUCCUUAUCCUCCAACAGCUCCAGAAACAGCCUCUGAUCGACAAGCUGCAGGACGGACUGCGUCUUGCCACCAAUGGACUCAACCAAACACGUACUGCAUUCGGUAUCUUGAAUGAACCGAAUCUACUCCCACCCUCGUCGGUCUCAUUGAUUUCUGUGCUUCCAUCUAUCACCCCAGCACCGAUCCAGUCUGAAACCCAACAUCUUCGUCAACUUACUCCUACCCUUUCUCGUGCUGCCGUUGUGGUACAAGCACCCCAGGUGCUGCAGAUCGAUUGUGAAGGUAGGGUAACAGAUCAUGAUUCAUUCACCAAAGCUGGAGAAUAUGUCCACUCGGUCAUGAACGGGAGUGAUGGGUAUCUGCCGCGGCUGGAGUGCCCUCCAUUGAACGCCAGCAGGUACCUCAGUCUGAGCGAUCGAACUGCGUCCGGUCAGAAGCCAAGAUUCUUCUUUGCGAUGAACCUCCAUCAGUCAGCGCACAUCAUUCCACAGCUGCUCGGGGCCACUAUCGAGGUCAUCCGGUUCCUGGGUCCCGAAGUCUGCGUGGUUUCUGUGGUGGAGGGCAGAUCAACAGAUGGGACUUUCGAGAUCUUGAAGAGCUUGGCAAAGCAGAUGGAAUAUCUUGGAGUGUCUUACUUCCUGUCUUGCAGCGAGCUGCAGCCUGGUGGAGAAGGCAUGGAACGUAUCUCUACCCUGGCUGAACUCCGAAACAGAGCUCUCUGGCCGUUGACUCAGCAUGCACACCUGUAUGACCCAUCAAGCACGAUUAUUUUCUUGAACGACAUUGCACCAUGUGCCGAAGACCUCUUGGAACUAAUUCAUCAGCGAAUGGUGCUGAAAGCGGACAUGACUUGCGGGAUGGAUUGGUAUAACUUGGACGACGGCGGCACCUUCUACGACUCAUGGAUCGGGAGACAGAUGAACGGUGAGACUUUCUUUGAGGUACCCCAAAGCACGAGCUGGGACUACUCCAAGAACCUGUUCUGGAACCAUGAAACUAGCAAGUCACGAUAUUCGCUGGGGCGGCCCGUGCAAGUCUUCUCCUGUUGGAACGGUGCUGUGGCUUUCACCGCCGAACCUUUCUUGGAAGGGAAGAUCCGGUUCAGGACUGAAGCAGAGGAAGAGUGUCACCUUGGAGAACCGGUUCACCUGGCCAAGGAUCUAUGGAAACUCGGCCAUGGCAAAAUCGCUGUCAUUCCGAGUGUCAACGUUGGAUAUUCGGUACACGACUCGGGAAAAGCCAAAGAAGCGCACGGAUCGGUGUCAUCUGUGGCAGCGAACGAAUCUAUUGAACUGAGCAAAAUUGAUUGGCAACGGAAGCCACCAGGUCAGAUCAAAUGCUUGGGGACCUGGGAUCAUCCAUCGUGGGAGCCUUUCGAGCUCCGUGAAUGA